AUGGGCCCCUGUACCGCCUCCUCAUGCUGCUGCCAGGCCCGUAAUCUGCCAUGGGCCCCUGUACCGCCUCCUCAUGCUGCUGCCAGGCCUGUAAUCUGCCAUGGGCCCCUGUACCGCCUCCUCAUGCUGCUGCCAGGUCCAGAGUCUCUCAUGGGUCCCUGUACGGCCUCCCAUUGCUGCUGUCUCCAUCGCCACACUCUGCCAUGUGCCACUUUCAGGUCUCCUCACACUGCUGGUGUGUUCCAUUUUUUGUCAUAGGGUGCUGGCAGAUUACGGGCCUCCCAUUGCUGCUGCCAGGCCCGUAAUCUGCCAUGGGCCCCUGUACCGCCUCCUCAUGCUGCUGCCAGGUCCAGAGUCUCUCAUGGGUCCCUGUACGGCCUCCCAUUGCUGCUGUCUCCAUCGCCACACUCUGCCAUGUGCCACUUUCAGGUCUCCUCACACACUGCUGGUGUGUUCCAUUUUUUGUCAUAGGGUGCUG